ACAUUGCUAAUACAAUCCAAAAUGUGAUCACCUUGGAAAAAAAAAGAAUUUCUCCUUCUUCCCAUAACUUUAUCACAAAGAUAGCUGGCAUAAAUUCAGUAAAAUAUCAAGUUAAGCGUACAGAGACUUUGAGGAAAUGUAACAAAAAAAGCCAAACAAAACCAACUCCCCCCCAGCAAUCAUGUGGCUCGUGAUGACUAAGUCUAACUUUGUUCCUCUUUCCUGAAAACAAAGUGUUCAAGUAAAAUAUUCACCCAGAUAGUACCCCCUUUAUUUUCAAAAGGCUUGAAGCUAUGCAAGCAUGUUUCAGCUUGUUUUUUUCAUCCUGUUUACUUCUGGAUUCACUGAAUCACAAGGAAAAAAACUGCUUUGCAGCUCCUCAGAUGUAGAAAUAUCAUAUUCCUUUUGUGAUUCUAUGGAAGAUGUUUUCUUCAUUAGUAUCGUACCUUGUUCCUUUAGUGAAAGCCGUUGGAAAGUUACUCUUUCAUUGAUUCCAAGGAAUGAUAUAAUCUUUUUGGAGGGCAGUGUGAAUGUAUGGUAUGAUGCUACAAACAUAUUAGCACAGAAAAAAGUUAUUUGCAGUGGAUUUGAUGAUGACUAUUCAUUUUGUGGAACUCUGAAGGGAGAGACACUCAAUACGACAUUUGAAAUUAGCGGUUUAAAGAUGGAAUUGCCAAAGCAUACCACCGGACCGGAGGACCGCGGACUGUUCCCCAUUGGACCCAGGCGCCGUCUGAAAGAUGGAGAAACUGAAGCACAGAGGAAUUAGUGACUUGUUCAACAUCAAACACUGAGUCUGUGGCAGAGCAACACAAACACAUACAAGCUACUCCUCUCAUCAUCUAUUCAUUUUGUCAUUUUAGACUACAAGAUCUUGGAGGGAGAAAUUGUUUUGCAUGUGUUUUUACAGUGGGGCCCUGAUCCUGGUGGGUGGGUGGGUGCUAUUGUAAUAGAAAUACUUAACUUCCCCAAAGUUUGUUUGUGCUCAGAACCAGUGUUACUGCUUUGGUAGUUCUGUAGUAAUAGGUCUCAGUUGUGAAGUUCAGAUCUAAAUCUAGAUCCAGAUUCAGGGGAUUUCAACUUGUAUGCUGGUUUGGGCCCGUCUCUAUUUCCAGCCCAAUUCACACACACAAGAAGCUUGGAGAGGCUCUGGAUAAACAUCUGAACAUCUGGGUGUUUGUCGGCAUCAAAUUGGCACUAACUUUAUUAGUAUGAACAUUUUUGUUACUAGGGUUUACAGCUAAUUUGCUGAUAGCAGUGAUAAUGCAAGUUGUGAAUUGUUACCCUACCCAGUUAAAAGAACCUUAAGGCAAUAGAAUGCUGCCUGUGCAAGGGGAUUUUGGUGACUCAGUACUAGUCAUUCAUUAACAGAAACUCAGUGGCAUGAGCAUUGGAACAAUUCCAUAGUCAACUACAACGUCAAACAACUUUAUUCGCGUAAGCCUUUAUUGUAAACUAGACUGGGAAACUUUUUUGUUUUGGUCCAUUUGCAUUGCUGGUAAAUCUUCAAGUUAUCGGUUGGCUUGUGACAGCCUGUGAGGGAAAACUCUUCACUUACCCCAGUCAAAUCAUUUUUGAACAUCAAUAGUGUUAAAUCUUGAACAGUAACUGAGCUGUGAAAGGAGAGGGCUGUGAAAAUAAUCUGUGUUUUCCAUCAGGAUUUUGAACAGAAUUAAUCUUCAGAACUUUGAACCUUUUCAGAUAGACGCAUGCCCCCUUCUAUCAAUGUUCUUUAGGUUAUUCUUGAAAUGCUCUGGAUCUGGAAUGCAAGGUGGAAAAGGCCAUGAGGAAUGGGAAUAGAGGGAGAGUCUUCAUUAGUUCAAACUCAGCCCAUUUGGUAGCGACAUUGGCAAGGGACUAUAUUAUGAGUCUGAGAAACAACUCUGCCAUUGUAAAUCUAGAACAGGGGUUGCCAAACUUACUGACCCUCUGAGCCACAUACGACAAUACGUGGGAGGCACCUGCUGAGGCCUUUCCCCUGCUGAAACCCUGAGCCUUGGAGGCACACUUAGUGGGCUGAAGCCCCAAGACCCUCCUCCUUGCUGGGCAGAAGUCCCUACCCCACUCCCCUGCUGCAAGGCAGAGGUCUCAAGCUCCCCAGCCUGAUAUGUGGCGAAUGGGGAGGGCAAUUUUUCCCUCAUUGUAUUUUGUCUGUUUGCAUGCAUCUCAGUUUUGUACACUGGCACUGUAAACAUUGUGAUACAUAUUAAUGGAAGUAAGAGAUACCAGGUAAACUGUGCUUUAUACCCUUCUUGUCCCUCUCAAGUACACAAGCCUGGCUUCCUUCAUCUUUCUCAAAGGUGGAACCUACAGUCCAGCUACUCUGGGGCUGUAUCUCUGUGUGGCAUUUCCCCCCACCCCCAUCUCCCAACUCUGUUAACAUGACAGGUCCAGCUGUGCUUGACAUCUGAAAGGCCUUUUCCUCUGGGGCCUGUUACUGGAGCUUAA